AAAUCAAUCCGUUUUAGCUGUAAAGCAUUAAGACCUUGAAGAAGUAUCAGAUCCAAGAUGAUCUUUAUUCACUUAUGUGGUGUUCAAGGAACUUGGGUCAGGUUGAAACUAGCCGAGAGAAGCGUAGGAGAGAAGUGCAGUUUUCUAGGGCGGGGUUAGAAAUGCCACAUAAAGAUCGACCAGUCAAGAAGAGGACAGCCAACAGCCUAACUAGUGAUGUCUUGGAUGAUUCUAACAAAAUGAAGUCGAGUCCAAUAGUCAAUAGCAAUCUUUUGCAGUCCUCCUUAGGAAAAGGUGAAGUCCAAAGUGAAGCACUGGUCACUCCAGGGUCUCCUGAAGAGUUGACUUCUCAGAGUGGACUUUUAGUUUGCGGAGGAGAUGCUUCGGUGCAAAAUAAGCAAGAAGAGGAUAGAACUACAGAAUAUUUAAAGUCAGAUUAUCAGCAAGAUCAUCCAUCUAUUUGUGAUUGUUAUAACGAAGAACAGAGGAAAUCAAUGGAUGGUACCAAGGAUAUUCAAAAUGCCAUUCUAAGCAAUAGUAGCAACUCGGCUAACAGUCUUCCUCAAAGAGCUUUAACAACUCCAACUGUGGUGCACGUUUCAAGACCAAAGGAGGUUGAAAAUAAGAGGAGCGAUCUGCCGAUAGUCAUGAUGGAACAGGAGAUAAUGGAAGCUAUAAAUGAGAACACGUGUGUAAUAGUUUGUGGUGAGACAGGUUGUGGUUAGACAACCCAAGUU